AUGACUCCUCACGCAACGACACCUCCAUCCACUUCUCAGGCCCAGCCACUUCAUCCUAUCACUGUACUAGCCUCUUCAAGAGCUGUUGUUGGUGGUCGAAUCACAGAGGCUACCAUUAUUGUAUCGAACAAUACCGGCAAAAUCACGUCCAUCUUCCACUCAGUGCUUCCUCAAACGCACUUCCCUGAAGGCACACCAUACACAGACUACUCUCCACACAUCUUAUUGCCUGGACUUGUUGAUGCUCAUGUACAUCUCAACGAGCCCGGCCGAACAGAAUGGGAAGGUUUCUGGACUGGUACCCGAGCUGCAGCUUUUGGUGGAGUCACCACUGUCAUCGAUAUGCCACUAAAUGCUAUUCCACCCACGACUACGGUUGAAAAUCUCAAGAUCAAGUGUGAGGCGUCCCAAGGCAAAUGCUGGGUCGAUGUCGGCUUCUACGGAGGUAUCAUCCCAGGCAACUCGGGCGAUCUGAAAGCACUGGUUAAAGAAGGCGUUCGAGGAUUCAAGGGUUUCUUGUGCGAGAGUGGCGUUGAGGAAUUCCCUGCCGUAUCCUCACUCGACAUUGAGAAAGCACUUCUCGAACUAAAAGACUCAGCAACCACCCUUAUGUUCCACGCAGAAAUGAUUCCACCCAUCGCCGAUUCCGUAGGCGACGUAAUCCAAACCUCGGAGCCUCCUCUCGCCCCCAAAGGCGCUCUGACAUCCUACGAUACAUUCCUGCAAUCACGACCCCCCGCCUUCGAAACAUGCGCCGUAGCUGAGAUCCUCUCGCUAGCCCAUCUAGCCCCCGAACUACAACUCCACAUAGUGCACCUCUCCGCCAUCGAAGCCAUCCCUCUGCUCCGCAAGGCGCGUGCAGACGGCGUCAAAAUCACAGCAGAAACAUGUUUCCACUACCUCGCUCUCGCCGCCGAAGGCAUCAAGGAAGGAGACACAAGACAUAAGUGCUGUCCCCCCAUCCGCUCGCAAUCCAACCAAGAUGGCCUCUGGGAAGAACUCCUUCAAGACACCGCCGACGGCGUCAUUCAAACCGUAGUCUCGGACCACUCGCCUUGCACACCAGACAUUAAGCUCCUACCCGCACAUCUGGCGCCUGCAUCGUCGUCGACAGAAACGCCCAGCAACCUUGAAACCCAAGACUCGGUAGCUAAAGGCGACUUUUUCGGCGCGUGGGGCGGUAUUUCGAGUGUUGGCCUUGGUCUUCCUAUCUUAUGGACUGAAGGUACCAAGCGCUUUGAUAACAGUUCCUUCUCCAUUGAAGAUAUCGUACGUUGGUGCUGCAAGAAUACCGCCAAGCAGGUUGGGCUGGAGCAUAGCAAGGGAGAUAUCGGUGUGGGAUUUGAUGCGGAUAUCGUGGUGUUCGAUGAUGAGGCAGAAUUUAUGGUCGAACCUAGCACUAUGCUCUUCCGCAACAAAGUCUCGCCGUACGAGAAUAAGACGCUCAAGGGCGUGGUGCGCGAGACUUGGCUACGUGGUCAGCGUGUUUUCUCGCGCGCAGAAGGUUUCUCGGAGAAGAGUGGACCGUCGGGCAAGCUGUUGCUUGAGCCGAGGAAGAUGGGUGCGUAG